AUGUCAUUACCAUUAGCUUCAACAGCCGACUCUUCCAAACGUAGACACUCAGCAAAUACUGCUUCCAUUAGAGACACAACAGAAGCAAAGCCAGAAAUCCUGCGUGAAGAAGGGGAAACUGUGAUGAACAACCUACUUCCAUUAGUUUCAAUACAAGAACUAGCAGAAGUAUUUCCACCCAAAAUACUAAAAGCAUCAGAAACAAUCACAGCAGCAACAACAACAACAUCAACAAAAGCAGCAACAGCAGCUACAUCAACAGCAGAGACACCUUUGGUACUAGCAGCGGCUACAGAAUCAAUAGAAGCAGCACCAACUCCACCAAAAGUAGCAAAAACAUCAGGAACAGCUACAGUAACAACAACAAAUGCAGUAACAGCUCCAUCAACUGCAGAGCCAGCCAUAAUACCAGAAGGAAAAUCGAUAGCAAGAGCAACAGAACCAUUAUUAGCGACAGCAGAACCAUCCACAACAGCAGCAGAAUCAACUCCAAUAUUAAUAGACCCGGUACGGACAACUAAAAAACUUUAG